CUUUGGUUUUGGGCUAAAACGGCGCUCCGUAGAUUUACAAGCAUGCAGACCACGGCUGAUGAAAAUUAAAAUAUUUUCCGUGCAAUAUACAAAGUUAUGAAAUUGCGCCGGAGCAUUACAUCUUACAGAAAUUAACAAUGGUUUUACACGUUCCCGACAUCGACAACCCAGGGGAGAGGGAUGCCGUGGAAACCCUCUUGGCCAUGCGGAACUCUUCGCGAAUCAAUCACAGAGACAAUGCAUCAAACUCGUCCGAGGAGGACCGUCUGUACUCCCCCUACCUGCGGGCGUCCCCGGUCCGGGGACCACGAUUUUACAGGGGCGACGAAGCCUCGUCUUCGUAUCCGGACUAUCCCAAAAUGAGGAGGCCCUCCAAACUCGCCAGGCUCUUACUUGACGACCCUGACGACUUUGACCGGGAGAUGCUGAGACGCAACCAAGUAUCCGUCAUCGUCCCCAACUACCAUCUCGCCAAAACCGGGGCCACGUGUAACCCCUUUAGAUCCCCGGAGAUAUUCAUUGAUUCUUCCAACAUUCCGUACGGCCCCCCUCCUCCGCGUAAUAGGAAACCGAUUCCAUACAAGCGAAAGUUUUUGGCGUCAUUUGACGAGGAAGAAGAUGAAGAGGAGGAUGAGGAUUAUGAUGAAGAUGACGAAAGCUUUGAACCGUUUCAAAAGAAGAUUAGGGUAGAAAAAGAUUCAAUAAUUCCUAGGGAUGAAAUUGAGGGGACGUUGCCGGUUUCUUUGAAUCAUACCGAAAACCUAGAAAGCCAAGCAAUACCCGUUGAAGAAGAGGAAAGCGAAGUUCGACCACCAAAAAGAACGAAGGACGACGUCACAGCUGAACCUGCACCCAAGAAGACGAAGUCUCUGAGGGAUAUGCUCACAGUGGACGAAACACCUCAGCAGAUGACAGAGUCCAAAGAUUCUAAUCCAAACACACCGCACCAAGAGAAUGUGCCUUCUACGUCACUUCCGUCUAGCAGUUCUCCUGUUCUUCCCAUCAUACAAUUCAUAAUUGUGAACCAUUGUUCAAUGCAUCAUCAAUAUUGUGACGGGAAAGGCCAGAUGCUUGAUAAAUAUUGUCCCAUUGCACCCGCACCUAAAAGUAAAAUUGAAAGUUCUGGAGUCGCAAAAGAUCUGAAAGUUGGAAGCAGACGACGAAGUCAUAUAUGUCAUUACAAGGACUGUCAGAAAACUUACUACAAGAGUUCGCACCUGAAGGCUCACCUUCGAACACAUACGGGGGAAAAACCUUACAUCUGUAAGUGGGAAAACUGUGACAAGAAAUUCGCGCGCUCUGAUGAACUAACACGUCAUAGGUACACACACACAGGGGAGAAGAAGUUUGAGUGCAGCCACUGUCAGAGGCGGUUCAUGAGGAGUGACCACCUAGCCAAACACAUGAAAAGACAUAAUUCUACUAUCAACAGAUAGCAUAACUUUAUUAUCUAGUUAUUGUUGUUGUUAUAUUUUGUUAAUUUAUGUAAUUUAUUUUUAAUUUUU